CAAUAAACAAAAAUUUAGAAGAAGAAGAAGAAAAAAAAAAGAAGUGAAUUCUGAUGUAAUGGUGUUUUUGUCACACUAAGGUUAUGACACAUCCUAUUUCGCUUUAAUCUUGUCAGGAGAGUGUGAUAGUGGUGAUAGUUCAUUCUCAGUAUGGAUUUGUCUAAGAGGAUUUUCUACGUCAUGAUUCAUGAUGUAGUUUUCAAAGUGCCUCGAGAAGGAGUUGAUUCCAAAAAAAAUGAAGAACCAUGAUCAUUGGCCAAUGAUUAUGAAUCUGAAGUGUUGACUUUAAUGUCGGGCGCAAUCGGAGCCCCACAAAAACAAUGUCUCUCAUUAGAAUGAGAAUGAAGUCUUGAAAAAAAAAAAAAUGUGGAGUGAUUCGCGAGUGAAAAGCCGACAAUUAUUAUCAUCCAAGAUGAAUUCGGACGAUUCAAUGAUAUCUCAGGCGAGAUUCGCUGAUGAGAUUCUUGAGAAUCGUUGCUGCUACUGUCCUGGUGCUCUCAAUUCACUAUCAUCAUCAACAACAUCAUCAUCAACAACAACAUCAUCAUCAUCGACAUUAUCGUCGUCAUCAUCAUUAUCAACAUCAUCAUUAGCAUCAUUAGCAUCAUCAUUGUUAUCGGAGGCUUGCAAAAUAGCGGAAACAUUUUGUCAAGCCUGUCAACGACUCCAUAGUUUGCCAAUGGAGUCAGAUAAAGACUGUUGUAAGUGCCUGGACAAUCGGUUCAGACAUCGGGAUAUUUGUGCAUCGAGAACUAAUGUCGAGUGUUUAAAGGGACAUUGGUGUCGAAAUUGUGUGAACGUGGGUCGUUGUUUAAGAUGUGUUUCUAGUGUUGUGAGAUGGACCAGUGCCAAGAAAACUGUGCGAAGACUCAUUUGGCUGAUUGUUCCAUUAUUAUUGCUGACCUUCGUCUCGCCAAGUGUCGCUAAACUUCCGAAAACAGGUGGAAGGAACAAGUCGGGUGUGUGCCAAAGCAUAGACAUACGCAAUUCAGUUAGUGAAUUCAGCAGACUCCAAGGCUGUCGAGUGGUCGAAGGAUUCGUUCAAAUUUUACUGAUCGAUCAUGCGAACGACUCUGCCUUUUUGAAUCUUACGUUUCCAGAGCUGGUUGAAAUUACGGAAUACCUCGUGCUUUACAGAGUGAAUGGUCUACGAAGUGUGGGUCGACUUUUUCCAAAUUUGACAGUGAUACGCGGUAAUUCAUUGUUUAUCAAUUAUGCAUUGGUCACUUUUGAAAUGAUGCACCUCCAGGAAAUUGGUCUACAUUCUUUAACCGAUAUUUUAAGAGGUUCCGUUCGUUUCGAGAAGAAUCCAGCACUUUGUUACACAAACACUAUCGACUGGGAUAUCAUUGCCAAGAAUGGAAAAGGGGAGCACGUUAUUUCGGGAAACAAGCCGAGAAAUGGUUGUCCAAUUUGUGAGAAGAACUGCCCAAAAAGAGAGACGAACAAGAAUGAGCAUUUAUGCUGGAACAAAGAACACUGCCAAAAAACCUGUGACACAUGCGAAGGAGGAACGUGCACGUCAAACGGCGAAUGCUGUAAUCGAUCAUGUCUCGGCGGUUGUUCUGGACCAACUGCCAGUAAUUGUACAGUUUGCAGAAAUGUCAUGAUUGGAAAUACGUGUGUAGAUCGUUGUCCUGAAUCCACCUACGCAUUCAUGAAUUACAAAUGUAUCACUGAAAAUGAAUGUCGAGCUAUGAAGAAACCACGCGAGGCAUUAAACAUUCACAAGGACUAUCCAUAUAAACCAUUUCAAAAUGUUUGCCGUAUGGAUUGUCCCGUUGGCUAUAUGGAUGACGAAUCAUCAAAUAAUUUGACAACAUGCAAAAAAUGUAAUGGUCCCUGUCAAAAGGAAUGCGGUGGGGCAAAUAUUGACAGUAUUGCAUCAGCGCAAAGACUUCGCGGUUGUACACACAUAACAGGAAGUUUGGAAAUACAAAUUCGUGGCGGUAAAAAUAUCGUCAAAGAAAUGGAGGACAGUCUCAGUAUGAUCGAAGAAAUUGACGGUUAUUUAAAAGUCGUGCGAAGUUUCCCAUUGAUUUCCCUCAAUUUUCUCAAGAAUCUAAAAAUAAUUCGUGGCAAUUACGUUGAUAAUAAUGAGAAAUCAUUGAUUGUUCUUGAUAAUCAAAAUUUACAGGAACUAUGGGAUUGGAGUGCAAAUAAGACAAUUAAAAUUCUCUAUAAAAAUAGUCGACCGGGAAAAGUGUUUUUUCACUUUAAUCCAAAGCUGUGUUUGCAAAAAAUUGAGAAACUGAGGGAAGUUGCGCAAUUGGAGCCAUUCACUGAGGUGGAGGUUGCGCCGAAUAGUAAUGGAGAUAAAAAUGCCUGCAAUGUGACAUUGCUUGAGGUGAAGAUCGAUAAGAAGGGAUCAAAUGCGGCGCUGAUAAUAUGGGCGCCUUUUGAACAUCAUGAUCCACGAUCGCUAUUGGGCUAUGUGGUGUAUUUUAUUGAGGCACCAUUUCAAAAUGUCACCAUGUACGAUGGACGUGAUGCUUGCGGUGGCGAUGGAUGGAAGGUCGACGACGUCUCACCAACUGAAUCAUAUUCGCAUGGCUUUAAAAAUAAUACGGAAGUUGUUGAAUUUUUGACGCAUAUUCUCACUAAAUUGAAACCGUACACGCAGUAUGCGUUUUAUAUCAAGACUUAUACGAUUGCGACUGAACGUUCGGGUGCGCAGAGUGAAAUUACGUAUUUUACGACACUACCAGGCGCUCCUAGUGUACCGCAAAAAUUAUCGACGUACAGCAAUGACAGCGAUGUUUUGAUUAUGACUUGGCAUCCACCAGCUGAGAGGAAUGGAAAUUUGACUCAUUAUCGUAUUGUCGGUCGAUAUGAACCUGACGAUUCGCUUUUUCUGGAACAACGGAAUUAUUGCGAAGAACCACUAUCGGCACCUGAGAAAAGACCAGCGAAGGCAGUAUUGAUAGAUGAGGAGAAUAAAAAAGUCGAGGCUGAUAAACAAAGUGUCACUAAACCGGAUGCCGAUACCUGCGAUUGUUCAAGUAGCGAAGUUGAUUCUUCGACACGCGAAAAAGAUGCCACCAGUUCCAUUGCAUUUGAAGAUGCCCUUCAUAAUCAGGUUUAUGUCAAGAGGCCAACAUCACGUAGACGACGAGACGUCACCGGAACAAUGACUGAAGAAAUUUCAUUCCAAAAACGCGACAUUUCCAGCGAAACUAAGGACAAGGACGCGGGACAAAAAAAGAAAUCGUCGAAAGAUGGGAAUAUAAAAAAUUACACAAUUUUAAAGGAGGAACCAAUUCCGUCCGAUGCAAUGGAGGAUGGAAAAAUUCUGAAAUUCGAGAGGAGAAUUCCAACGACAAAUUAUACCACUGGUCCUAUUACAUUUGUUAUAAAUGGUCUUCGGCAUUUCACAGUCUACAAUAUUGAAAUUCAAGCCUGCCGUGAAAUAACAUCAAACGACAGAUCAAUAAAUGAUUAUUGUUCAACAAAAAGUAUGAAGACUUAUCGAACAAUGGCACUGGAUUGCGCUGAUGAUAUUCCAGCGGACAGUUUUAAAGUAACUUCAACGACAAACAAAGACAAUGCAAGUCUUCCAUCGCCCGAAGUCAAACUCGAAUGGGACGAGCCACAAAAACCAAACGGUCUCAUCGUCACCUAUCAAAUUGAAUACAAAAAUCGCGAUAUACAAAACAUAAAACCAACGACAAUUUGUUUAACGAGAAAAGACUUUAUUCGAAAUAAAUUUUAUACACUGAAGGAUUUACCUGCCGGAAAUUAUACAAUAAAAGCGCGUGCAGUGAGUUUAGCUGGCUAUGGAAAUUAUACGCAUGAGAAAAUUGUCUAUAUUAAUGAAUACAAUAGUUAUGGGAAAUUUUGGAUAAUAUUUUGGAUUAUAUUUAUAAUUGUUAUAAUGAGUCUAUCAGGAUGUUCGGUUUAUGCGUGUAAGAGAAAAAUGCGCAACGUUCCUAGUAUGAGAUUAAUUGCAACUGUUAAUCCUGAAUACGUGAGCACUGUUUACAUUCCUGAUGAAUGGGAAAUUGCACGUGAGAAAGUUGAAUUACACGUAAAUAAACCAAUUGGUAAUGGAUCAUUUGGAAUGGUACACGAAGGAAUAGCAUUUGAUGUUGUUAAAGGAAAGCAUGAGGUUCGCUGUGCUAUUAAGACUGUCAAUGAUAAAGCAACCGAUCGAGAGCGCAUUGAAUUCCUUAAUGAAGCCUCAGUAAUGAAAGCCUUUAAUACUCAUCACGUUGUGAAAUUAUUGGGAGUCGUUUCGCGCGGUCUACCAACGUGGGUCGUUAUGGAGCUAAUGGUUAAUGGCGAUUUAAAGGAAUAUUUGAGAAAUCAUCGACCCGAUGCGUGUGAAGAUCCAACCGUAAAGCCACCGACAUUGAAGAGAAUUUUACGAAUGGCAGUGGAAAUUGCCGAUGGAAUGGCAUAUCUUUCAGCUAAAAAAUUUGUUCAUCGCGAUUUAGCGGCGCGCAAUUGUAUGGUUGCUGAAGAUUUAACAGUGAAAAUUGGCGAUUUUGGAAUGACACGUGAUAUUUAUGAGACCGAUUAUUAUCGUAAGGGUACAAAGGGUCUUUUACCAGUCAGAUGGAUGGCGCCCGAGAGUUUAAAGGAUGGUGUUUUUACCAGUUUCUCGGACGUUUGGAGUUAUGGUGUUGUUCUAUGGGAAAUGGUUACACUCGCUUUACAACCCUAUCAAGGUUUAUCCAACGAUCAGACUUUGCGUUAUGUAAUUGAUGGUGGAGUAAUGGAGAAGCCGGAAAAUUGUCCGAAAUUCCUUUAUCAAUUAAUGAGAAGAACUUGGUGCUACAAAUCGAAUGGCAGGCCCACAUUUAUUGAUAUUGUCAAAGUUUUUUUAUACUUUACGGACGAGGAUUUUCAUGACGUUAGCUUUUUUCAUUCACCAGAAGGAGCUGAUGCUGUGGCUCACAACGCUUCCGUCUCCUCAUACACCGAAGAAGACAUCAAAGAGAUACUCAAAGAGAUAUUAGAGGGGGAGGAAAUAAUUGAUGGCGAGGAUUCACCUCUACGUCAAGAUUUUGGGGAUUUUGGUGAUUUUGCUGAUUUUAUGCCACUCAGUUUGAAGAGAAAUUCAUCGCCAAGAUAUGCAUUGGAUCUUUAUAGUAAUGGUUCGAAAUUUUCAAAUUUUCACGAUUAUAAUACAUCGAAAGUGCCGCAAAAAGCUGGUUUCGAUGAUUUCGAUGGGGUUUCCGUUGAAUCUAAUGAAAUAUCAAGUAAAGAUACAUUAAAUUUACCAUUCGCUGAAGAUAGUGUGAAAUCAGUUAAAAAUUCACCGUACGCACAAAAUAAAAGUUUAUCGCGCGACAGUAUGAGCGGUGAAUCGUCAUUGGCAAAGUCUGUGAGUCCACAAAAUUCAGCUCAAAAAUCAUUUAUCGAUAGUCCAAGUCCAUCGAAAACAUCGCGCGCCGAUCCCGAUUAUGAAAAUCGUAGUCCCGAAAUUAUUCAAUUAAAUACAAAAAUUGAUAAAGGACCAUUGCGCAUGAAUUUUUCGUCAUUAAAUACAAUUGAUAUUGAGACAAAUGAUAAUAAUGAUAAGGAGAAAAAGCGUCAAUCGGAUUAUAGAAAUCGUAACGAAACACUAAAUAACGGUUAUAUUGGUAACGCGACCACGUAGUUUAUUUUUUUCUCACAAAAUUGCCCACAGUCACAGGGCAAUUUUUAUAUACGAAAAAACUGAAAUCCCUCCUUAAAAUACUUUUCCGUGUAUAGGGGAUAAAUUCUUUCAUUGUUUUCCUUUUUUUUUACAUAAAACAGAGAAUGAAAGUUUUUUUUAAAGAUAUAACACUAUAAUCUUAAAAAAAAUCUCUAAGGUAAAUUUUACACUUUUAGACUGUAAUUGUAAAAGCGAUAAUCGAAUAUUUCGAUUUAUUAUAAAAAAAGAUUCGAUAUUCCUUAUUCCUUAAACGGGUGUAGAAAAAAAUGCGUCUGAAUUCCGUCUCCCCUGAUUGUAGAGAUAAAAAAACAGAAAACUUUUUGCUGCGUAUGUACAGAUUCUUUUUUAUCUCGCGAUGCGUGUCCACAAAAAAAAAUUGCGAGUAAAUUAUAAUCGCGAAAAAAAACUCGUACCAAAUAGAAUUUUUUUAUUAUCACAAAAAAGUGGACAGUAUUAUAAAAUGCAUGUCGUGGCAAACCAUCUUGACCUAUCUAGUAUUUAAGUCAAUAUCAAAGAUUGAACUUGAUUAAUUGUAAUAUAAAAAAGUAAAGAAAUAUUAACUGAAAAUACAUCUCCGGCUUCCCAAGACGCGAUACUCGUCGCUCGAAUUGUUCAUAUGAAAAUGAGAAAAAAAAUGAAUGAAUGAAUGAAUAACAAAAAAAGAAAAACAAGCGUUUAUAAAUUCAAAAAAUGGUGAUUAUUUCAAUUGACAAUCCAUCUGUUUGAAAGUUUUAACUGAAAUGUCGUCAACGAUCGAAGAAUUAAAGAAAAAUUCGUUAACAUUUUUUUUUUUACUUUGCGAAAGACAAAAAUUAAUUAAAAUUACUCAUUUGUUGAUAUUUUAUUGAAUCGAGUAAUCAGCUGAUCAAUCGAGUAAUUUAUUAUUUAAAUAUUAUUUAGUAUUUAAAUAAUAAUUAGUAGCAAAUUAAUAUUCAGUGUUAAUUUAGU